AUGCUUAGCGACAUAGUUCGCGAAAGGAUCGAGGUCCUCAUAAAGGAAAUACAUCAACCUACCUUCAAACUGUCUGACGAUCAGGAAGUCAGCGAUCAGGAACUAGGGAAGUUAAACAUUCGCCGUAUCUCAUUUGAGCCAGAAGAGCUUGACUCCAAAACCCCUAACAUACGGGCACAGGACCCACCUAUUCUCUUCCAACCAAUGACCCCUGAGGAGUUUGCUCGUCAUCCCAUUGACCAUUCCUCGGGCCCUGAUAGCUUUACGAAAUUCCGAGACUACCACCCGAUACAGGAUCAAGCACACUGGUGGACUCCAUUUUAUUGCGCCUAUGAAAUUCUGAACUACUUGGAGGAUUAUGCUUCUGGCGAGUACGGAAAGAGAAAGAAUAUCCGCCCUGAGGCCCUGACCUUGGUGGGCUUGCGCGGGCUCGAGCACGUGAGAUACCCAAACCCGUUGGGGCUCUUCACAACCUUUUACGGCAGGUACUCGCUUACGUCUGGUGCGUGGUCCGCCAAAAUAUUUAUUGAACCGAAAAGAAUCGACGGAAAACACGUUCACCCACACCUUACACUGGGAGUUUUACAACACGUCAAUGGACGCGAGGGCACCAUGCUUUACGGCGAGUUGGACCCGGUAAUUACAAUGAUGUAUGCUCGGUCCCAGCAGCCCGAUGUGUCCCAGGAGGAGGAAGAGGCUCUUUUUGAACCGGAAGCUAUGCCGGAAUUUGAACCAAAGGCCUUCAAGAAUGAGGAUAGAUUCCCCAUACUGCUCCUUUCCUUCCUAGGACCCCAACAUGGGCGUGUCUUCUAUGCGUGCAUGAAUGGGGACCAGCUUGUCAUCAGACAAUCGCGGCUGUACGAUUUCCGGAAGCUGGAAAGUGCGCCGUUUGAUCUCUUCUCUCGUCUCUUGUUGAGUCAACCGCUCCCAACUUCCUGA